AGCACCGGUGAGGUUCGGCGAGAUUCGGGUAUUCGGAUGCUGGCGAACAUCAGAUGAACACUAGCCAAUAACAGCUCCGCAGUGAGGUGGCAUCAAACUCUUUGGCCAAUCCCAACACGAUAUUACUGCCGUUCAGCGCGAGAGCACAGCGCAUCACCAGCAUCGGCGUCUGCGUGCGUGCGGAGUUUGCGCUUUAACUCGUUCCUCUGUCUCUGGGAAACGCGCACUUUUCUUCGCCUCUUCCGUGAAUCUAAACCCACCGCCGCUGCACUGGAGACCCCGGUGAUCGCCAUGUCAGACACAGAAGUCACGUCACGUGCAGUCGGGCGCUCGGAGCCGGACUCGGUGGAGGAUGUUUUCGACCACACGUAUGAGGAGAAAGCGGGCCCGAAGCCUCCCAUGUCUAUAGUGUGGAGAAACGUCAUCCUCAUGACUUUACUGCACACCGGAGCUCUGUACGGAAUCUUCCUCAUUCCGUCUGCACAACCGCUCACACUACUGUGGGCGCUGCUUUGUUUUGUGUUGAGCGCUCUGGGCAUCACGGCAGGUGCACACAGACUCUGGAGUCACAGAUCCUACAAAGCAUCUUUACCUCUCCGCCUCUUUCUGGUCACAUGCAACUCCAUGGCCUUCCAGAACGACAUCUACGAGUGGGCUCGCGAUCAUCGCGUUCAUCACAAGUUCUCCGAGACGGACGCCGACCCUCACAACGCGUUACGGGGCUUUUUCUUCUCUCACAUCGGCUGGCUGCUGGUACGGAAGCAUCCAGACGUCAUCGAGAAGGGACGCAAGCUGGAGCUCGGCGAUCUGAAGACAGACGAAGUGGUGAUGUUCCAGAGGAGAUACUACAAACCUCUGGUGCUGCUGAUGUGUUUUGUCGUCCCGAUGGCCGUGCCGUGUUGCCUGUGGGGCGAGUCGCUGUGGGUGGCAUAUUUCGUCCCCGCCAUCCUCAGAUACAUGCUGGCGUUAAAUGCAACGUGGCUGGUGAACAGCGCUGCACACAUGUGGGGGAACCGGCCGUAUGACAGCACCAUCAAUCCCAGAGAGAACCGAUUCGUCACCUUCAGCGCUAUAGGCGAGGGCUUCCAUAAUUACCACCACACGUUUCCAUACGACUACGCCACCAGCGAGUACGGCUGGAAGAUCAACCUGACCACCUGCUUCAUCGACCUGAUGUGUUUUCUGGGCCUGGCGAGUCAACGGAAGCGUGUGUCCAAAGAGGUGGUGAUGGCGCGGGUUCAGCGCACCGGAGACAAAAGUCAUAAGAGCGGCUAAACUCGACAUGUGUAUCCCCCCAAAAAGCGCCCAUCUGAAGACAAAAGGAGGUUCAGGCCUGUAAUGGGCUUUGACAGCGAAGAAGCCUCCGCUGGGUUCCGACUCUGAAUGCCAAAUGUGUUUGCCCCUGUCCAGCCUGUGAGGCUUUAAUUCCGGGAUCAUCUGUUUGUGUCGCUCUUCAUUUGAUAAUUAUUCUCUGCUUUCUCUCGACUGCAGUUUUUUUUCUUUUUUUGACGCUUCGAGCUUCCGAUGUCCCUGGACUCUCACACGCGCAAGAAACAGGCCGACCGCCUCACAGUAUUUGGCCUCCUAGCAAAUUUAAUCGUGCGACCGCUGGAGAAAUUCGAGCGGUAGAGAUGUUUCCUUUCUGCACCUUACUGUAUUUGAUCGAAAUUAAAGUAGACCAAAUGCCGCCCUCUUUUUGACGCGUCACAAGUUGCCAAACCUUUUUACUGUCGUGAUGAUUGCACAAAUUGUAAGUUCUUUCGAGUUUUGGAAGAGGAUUCCGAGAGUUAAAUCCAUGUGAUGAUUUUUGAGCGUUUGAUAACGGACGAGUUUGUAAUUUCUGAAAGGGCUUCGAAUGAAUUUAUUGACGAACACGCGCCGCAAAUUCAUUGAUAAACUCUUUCAAGAAGACACCGAAGGUCUUGGAAAGAUCAGAACGAGAUGUUAGUAAGUGUGUUUUUGGAUGAUUCUGUAGUGUUUAGUACUGUAAACGGUUUUGUUUGCAUUUGAAUUUAAUUGAGUAGAAAAUCCUUGUUUUUGAGUUCUUUCUUUUGAUUUUCAUCUUGUAGUUAUGGAUUCCAGCGCUAGUGAAUGCAUGCUGUGUUAUUACAAAACUCUGCUUUCUAAUGCCUAUAAUAGAGACAGAUGUGUCUGUCAAAUACAUUCAUAGAUGGAUGAUAAUAAUGCGGUGUGUUCUGAUGCCAAAACCGAUGGUGUCGCAUGCAUAGUGUGAACUGGACCAGCCGUUCACCUGUGUGUUUCUAUUAUUAAAGCUACUGAUCCUUUCGACAGGUUGCUUGUGUUUCAAUAGUUCAGCACUUAUUUGAAUUCUAAUUGUUUCUAUAUUGAGUUUGUGACUCUCACACAGGCUAAAUUCAGGUGUGACCGCCUUGUUUUCACUCGGACACUUCUAAUUCAGAGACGUUUGUGGUAUUUCUCAUGCUGUAGGAGGCUCAAGCCCUUACUUUUGAAAACUAAUGUGAUGUUUCUGUGAUAACAGCCUGUGGUAGUGAAUAAACUUUUGUUUCAUAAAAACUGAAAAUAAAAGUGCAAGAGAAGAACUUUU